AUUUUAACUACUUCUAAGGUGAACAACUCCAGAUUGCAGGUCAUGUCAGGGUUUUGUAUUAGCAUAUAACUUUUGAAGUUUCUUAUUGAAUGAAAGUUUCAUUAGUCAAUAAGUGUCCUUGAUUAUUUAUAUGUCUUAUUCUGGUGGUCAAUUUUCUUACUUCUCUUAUUCCCUGUGCUCAAACUAGCUAUGGUAUCAAUUUUUUGACUUUCUGUUUUGACAUUUAAAGGUGUACCUAAUCUCAUUCCAUCUUCAUUGGACUUGUCUUGAUUCAUUUUCCUCAGCUUCCUGAAAUCUAAGGAGGUUUUUGUCUAUCUUCUAUUUUUAGGGAUUUUAGAUGCAUGCAUGAGACAUGCACCUGUAUCAUGUUAUUUAAAGGUAUUGGUAGAUAAAAAUACAGUUACUGUUGGAUUUUUAAUCUUGAUAUUCCAGCCUCACUAGCGUUGUGUAACAUGGGAAUUAUUAUUAUUUUUUUCCUGUGGAGUUAGAUUGGUCCAUUCAACACCAUAAAAUCUGAGGACUUCACUAUUGUAACCUUGGAUCUAUUUUUUGUGGAUAAAUUGUAAAAAAGGUGGAAAACAAAGGAAACUCAAUUAACUUGUGACUUUUGUUAUUUACAUUUGUGUUUAUUACAUGGACAUCAUUGGAGUGGUUCUUGGAAGGGAGUUGAACCGAGGUUGUUAAGAUCACGAUCCGGAUUGUAGGAUUGUACGAUCCUACGAUCCAAUAUAUAUAGCAUUCGAUCCAACUCAUAUUUUGGAUCGGGCCCAUGUCAGGAUUGUGGUAGGAUCAUAUUAGGAUCGGUAGGAUCGUAUUGGGAUCGCGAUUCCAUGCGAUCCUGAUUUAUAUGGUUUUUUUUUGCCAACUUUAAAGCAAACAACCCUUUAUCGAGAUAAAAGAAGAAAAAUUGACCCUCUUAGCUGCGAUUAGGGCAAUACAAAUUGGGGAAAGAGAAAUUGGACAUCAAAGCUUCAGAUUUUGUGGAACCAGGAAGAGAGAAACAAUAAAAGGAAGGCCCAUGACGAUGAGAGAAGAUCAAAAGAGCGAAGCCGAGAGCAUGAUAGGGAAGCGAGCAGGGAUCGAGACCAUGGAGAUAGCCGUGAAGAGGGGAGGGACAAUGAUCGUAGGAGCAGAGAUCGUGAUAGGUAUUAUGAUCGUGAUCAUGGGUAUGAUCGAGAGCGAGAUAGAGAAAGAGAUCGGGCCCGCAACUAUGAUUCAAGGAGUCGUCGGAGGUCACGUUCACGGUCAAGAGAACGUUCCAGGGACUAUGAUCGCCACAGGCGUUAUGAUCGGUACUAGCUGCAGCUGGAAUGAAGAAUCUGGAAAUUGCUUGUCCUUUGUCUUUAUGAAGAUAAAUUUGAGUUUUUGGAGAGAUGGGUUCUGUGAUGGCACUAGAAAUUGCUUAGUACAUCUUCAUGAUUACUGUUUGAUGAAGGAUUGAAAUUACGCUGCCUUUGAUUAUACCUACAUGGCUGAGUGACAGUUUGUUUCUUUUGGACUUCCCACAUUAUCCCAAGUUUGACUGGCUCUAACUUGAUUGAUAAAAAAUCGAACGAAUCCAUAACAAUUUACUAUGCUAUAAAAGUUCGGUUUGUACCCUGUAGGACCUUCCUGUACCAGUGACUAGGACUGGGGGGAAUGGCCCGUUUAGUAUUAUUAUUAUAUAUAAAUGUUAAAACUGAGCUUGGUCUAGCUUACUAUUAUUUCCAUUCCUGAUGGAAGAGGAUUUACAUGCAGCAGAUUAUCAGAUGUUGUGGGA